AUGAUUCAGGACACUGAGUCACUAAUACAAAAUUUCCCCACCGAACUUCUACUUUACAUUUUCAAGACUUUACUUCCGAAAAACCUAGCAAUAUGCCGUCAAGUUUGUCUGCGGUGGAAGAAUAUUGUCGACAGUCUAUUCAGCUGCGGGAAUUUGUGGAGAAAACAAUGCAUAAUCGAAUAUCCUGAUAUAUAUGAACAGACGUUCUACAAACGGAAACCGGGGUUACUUUGGGCUCAUGUCUAUCGUUCUCUGACUUUAUGGUCUAAAUUGCAUCUCGCAAUCGAAACGAGAGAUGAGUUCGCGUCCGCAUCGCGCCCUAGAGAUGAAGUCCGUAAUUUCCAAGUACUGCAAAACGGCUUAAUCGGCGUGCACACGCGUGGAGGAAUAUUUUAUUAUGAUCUGGAGACAUUAAAACUAUCACCUAGAAACUCAGUUGUCGGCGAUUAUUUACGGUAUAUGGAAAACGCUGAAAAUAUAAUUAUAUUAGGAUUUAAUCUAAGUUUGAUGGUGAUUAAGAAAUUUAUACGAUCACAGCAAGAUGACGACAUGACAUUCGACCACGUGAAGCUCUUCAUAAUUGGUGAUGAUAAAUUAUUUUUUGUUACAUUGAAUGAUGAAGUAUACAUGUGCCGUUUGAACUCUCCGAAGCUGGAAACAGUGUUACUAAGAAGAAUGGACUUCAGUAUCAUGUCUCUUGGAUACAGCAACAAGAAAUUAAACAUACUUACCUUCCAACGAGAUAUAUUUUGCAUAGAAAAUAAUAAUCUUAUAUACAAAUGUACUUUAGACUCGUCAUGUAAUUUAUUACAUGAACUAAACAAAUUUAAUUUCCUAGAAAAUCUUGACUGGAGGGUCUACUUUCAAUGGAUGUAUGUACUUAAUCAUUCGAUACCACAAGGUCCAUUACGAGAUAUAAUAAUCGUUAAAACAUAUGGAAAAAUUACAUUUGUCGGCUCAAACUGGGGAGUUUUAAGAAUAUAUUACAACUCAUAUCUGAAUGAAGAAUUCGAUAUAUUUAAUACCGAGCCAAUAAAGCAGUAUAAUUUUAUGGAGCGAUGUGAUUGCCCCGUGCUAUCAAUGUGUCCCAUCAUACAAAUAGAUGUUGUAGAAGGCGAGGACAGCCAUAAAGUUAUUGUAGCGAUGCCAAAAAAGAUAGCAUUAUUAACAUUCACACACAAUAUAACACCUACCAGUUUCUCUCAAGAUAUUUGCUACAUCAACCAAUAA